CCGAAAUAUUGAAAACAAAUGGGUUCUGCGGUCUGACCUUUAUUUUAUUACACAGAUUAAGUAGCCGGUUCGACGGAAUACUGAUAAAAAGAAAUUCAAUUUCGAAACAAAACAAAAAAUACAUACGUACGUCACUGUUGGAACAACAUCGAAAUGUGCACCAUGGAUCUGCGUAAGAAACAUUCAUCGAGACAGUCUUGUUUCAAAUCCAAAGAAGUAUGAUUCGUUUUGUUUACGCUCAUUAAUAAUUUCGGCUUGUUGAUUUUCAAAUCGUAGAACGAUGAAUUUAAUAGGAAUCUUUUUCUUAUCAUUGCACAUAAUUUCGGUUAUUUCCCAACGCAACUGGAAUAACGAUAAUGAUAACAUUAUUUUCCCAGGUCCAACAAAUGCUCGCGAAGUUUAUUUAAAAUCACAAUUAUCGAAUGUCGUUAACAACAAUUUAAAUAUUCUCGAAAAUAAUAUACUUGUUGCGGAGAAUCCUAGACAGCCAAUAUUGGGUCAAGCGAAUAUUGGUUUUAUUUCAGACCAGAGAAGAUCACAAACGCUUAACAGCGAAGGAUUCCUCUCACAAGGACGAAGAGAACCAGAAAUUUCAUCAGGUUUUAAUGCCGACAGAAGGAGACAACCUUUAUUGCAAACAUUCAAUAAUGGAGGAAAUUUUCCACAAGACACAAGAGAACAGCCAUCAAUUAACGUAUCUGAACGGGAAACCAGAAAUGAGCCAAUUGCAGCAUCAUCGAAUGCCGGAAUAAGAAGUGAACAAUCACUGCCAGAAAACAACAAUAUACGGCUGUGUGAAAGAAAAUAUGGCGAAUAUAUACAACGUAUUUUUCCCGAUGAUUCAGACAUAGCCAGCGAUGCAAACGAAUCGAAAUUUGAUGGUAGAAGUUUAGCUGCACCAGGCGAAUAUCCUCACAUGACUGCUUUGGGUUUUGUCACAACCAUCGGCACAAUUGAUUACAAAUGCGGAGGAAGCCUUAUCAGUGAUAAAUUUGUAAUAACAGCUGCUCAUUGUACAAACAUUGGAGGAGAAGUUCCAACAAAAGUUCGUAUUGGUGACCUUAAUCUGAAGGUAGAAGAAAGUUACCUUGAGCCACAAAUUCGAACUAUUAUUAAUAUCUACAACCAUCCGGACUAUAGAACGACGUCAUAUUACAAUGACAUUGCCUUACUGGAACUGCACAGUGAAGUUGUGUUAACGGAAUUUGUUAGACCGAUACGUUUGUGGAUACAUCCAUCAUUUCCAUUCCCUGUGGCCUAUGCCAUGGGUUAUGGCUCGACUUCCUUCGCCAAGGAACGUACAAAUCGUUUGACUCAUCUCAAUAUGACCAUUGUGCCGAAUGAUGAAUGUAAUCGUGAACUGCCUCCGAUUCCCGAAACAGAAGAAGGCAUUAUCUUUAGUCAAAUGUGUGCAAAGGACUAUGCUCUCAAUCGUGACACAUGCCAAGGCGAUUCGGGUGGCCCCUUACAAUUAAAUAUUCGUGGUCGUCGUAGAAGUAAUCGUUUACAUUACCAUUUGAUUGGUAUCACAUCAUAUGGACUGUACUGCCGUAGUGGUUAUCCAAGUAUUUUCACAAGAGUUUAUUCAUAUUUAGAUUGGAUAGAGAGAAUUGUUUGGAGGGAUGAAUUUUAAAAUACACAUAAAGAUAUUUUUGUUUAAA